AUGAGAUUUGUCAUUAUCGUGGCGGCGCUUAUUCACCUGUCAGCUGCCGGCGCCGCUGGCGCGUCGGUUGGCAGGUGUUGCCUGAAAGGUGAAAUUCUUGUGCUAAACGACGCCGAAUUGAAGUGCCGUCGACCAACGAACAAUCAGCUGCAACAGCGCCGGCUUUUUGACGCCUCGCGAGACGACCAGGCAAAUGGACUGCCUCGCUGCGGCAAGCACGGUCACCUGCGGCAAAUCCUGGUCGACGACGUGGCACUGAACGAAGUGGCAGCAGAUGCGUGCUUAGAGUUAUUCCACGACCGGGCGUCGAGUCUGAGUUUCCCAGUGGUCGUACAUUGUUGGCCGCAGCCGCCGCCGCCAACGAUCAGGCGGAUCCAGCACUCGCGGGUCAUUCUGCAAGCGGGUUCGAGGUCGGCGCCGAGGAUCGUCCAGCUGCGCAAGUGCUGCCCCGGGAGUGCGGCCUACGACCCCGAGCGCAAGCUCUGCUACGAGGCGAGCGGCGCGGAUUUCCGGGCGCUCUUCGACAGGCUGCCCUCGCUAGACUUUGUCGAUGUUCACGUGCACGGGCCGCCCCGCUGCCACGGCGCCGUACUCGCCGACUUCAGGGUCGAGCAGCUUUAUCAUUCCGGCACAGACACCACCAGCGUGAUCACCAUCGGCAUAACACAGAGGGGAUCACUGGUGAACGUAACGCUCAGCGCGGACACAAGCUGCUUGGACAGUCACGGCGACCAGCUGACGGUGAGGCUGUGCCGCGAAUCGGACUACUGCGAGGAGAACGUCUGCAUAAGGAAAUGCUGCGACGAGGGCGUGGAAGAAAAGAGGUGUGCAGCUGCGGCUUCCACUUUAGAAAACUUCAGCUACGCGCUCGCCAAUAUUAAAAAUUAUGGAUUGCUCAUGGGCAUUCCCUGCGAGCUAGUUUAUGAUCCGGACGAGGAAAUCGAAACUUGGUGGCUGGACGGCAUGGGAAAUGUCAACAUGGAAGACAACGAAGAUUCUUUCGUAGAGAUUUUUACUCACAUGAAUUCUUGCCUAGAAUACGAACGGGACGAGAGAGGGUUCAGUCCCAUGCUAUGCCUUCCGGAAGAUGCAGUGGACCACACACCCCCAGAAAAGUGGACAAUAGGCGGGAGUUUGCAGACAAUAAGCUGCUUCUUCCUGCUUCUAACGUUCACGGUUUACUGCUGCCUGCCGACGUUGCAAAACCUACACGGCAAAACGUUGAUGUGCCACGUGGCGAGUCUGUGCGUCGCUUACGCAAUUUUGGCCGUCACCGAGUUCACCACCAAUUCGUUCGGCAUCUGGGAGGACGGCAUUCACGACGUCGCGUGCAUAGUCAUGGGUUACGUACUGCUAUUGGCCUUUCUUUCCGCAUUUUUCUGGCUUAACGUCAUGUGUUUCGACAUCUGGUGGACCUUUCUGUACGUUAGCAUGCACAUUUUUGAUCUGCAAGAAACUGAGGAAUACAAUGCUCUUUGGCUCUCGACGAUUCCGCUGUUUGUAUGUUCAAACUCUGCUUGUAAACACCCGUCGGAAAUAGCUCCCCCCAACACGUGCUCCUAUACACGCGCGCGUGCACGCAUACAAACACAGGGAAAAGAGAGUAGCAUCAGGGAGGCUAAGCGCCACCGACAGACAAGCAGGUUCUUGGCCUACUGCGCAUACGCCUGGGGAUCCGCGCUCUGCCUCGUCGUCCUCUUGCUUAGCCUUGAUCUCGCUGGCGCUGUGAAGGAUGUCGUCGGCAAACAGAGAUGCUGGCUCGAGCAACACUCCACAGUACACGUCGUCUUCUUCUUGCUGCCGGUCAAUCUGACGGUGGUAGCAAAUCUGGCCUUCUUCGUCGUGACCGCGCGGAGGUGCAGCAAGGUGAAGGCAGAAAUCAGUCGCGUCAUGGCCAACGAUAAGUCUGCCAAGAACUUCCGAUCCGACAGGUCCAGGCUGAUGAUGAACGCGAAGCUGUUCGUGGUGAUGGGCAUCCCUUAUCUGUUCGAGAACCUCGAGGCGCUCCUGGAGCACUACAAUCUGAUGCCUGACUGGUCGAGAGAGGUGCUGUACGCGGUGGACGUGAUCACGUCUCUGCAAGGGGUCUGGAUCUUCAUCCUGUUCGUACUGAAGAGCAAGGUGUACGAGGCGUUGUGCAGGCGCGUCAGUUCGAGUCCGGCCAUGCACAAGAGCAGGACAGGCAACACGCUGUCGGUGAACAACAACGCCAAUCAACUGCGGCUUCGCAGCAGCGCGAGCAACACUUCCGUAACCUCGUGCUACCUCGCGAACUAGCGCGAGUGGUCGCCUGGACUAGAGGCGCGACCUGCGAUCGUGGGAGGCUCUCCCGCCGAAUCGUUGUAUAAUUUAACGCUGAGUCUCCUGCUCGAAAGGAGAGACUACUCUUGCGCCUUGUUUUUGACACCUCUCUUCCCUUGUUCUUCCUUCGCUGCGUUGCUUCUCGUUAAUUAUCUCGGUUGUGCAACGCUUCUUUCUUCGACGACGACGAGACGAGGCUAAUGGAUUUCUCUGAGAGUUAAUUCUUUACUGGAAAGGCGAAGAGGCGCCGGGGUAUGGGCUUUGCAACGCUAUCCCUUUUGCCGUUGCCUCUGUCUCAGGAAGCGUGACGCAAACGCGCGAACGGCCAUUGUGAUGCGUGUCGAUUGGAAAAG